GAGGUGGAGCAGCUGGCUGAACAGGGCAGCCGCAGGUGAGCGCGCAGGUGGAGCGCAGCGUUGAGUUUCCCAGCAGCUCACAACAAUACGCGGAGAGGCCUCUGGGAAUAACGCACUCCAACUACCAUGACACAGAACAAGGUCAGCUUUGGAAUACACCAGCUUUAAAAACCGAAAGCUUACUUAAACUUUUUUUGAAACCUAGAUUAACACCAGUCGUGGAAAUGAUCAGUUCAGAGGCUUUGCGUCCGACCCCGAACCCUGCGCGUAAAGGGAAGCUCGCGUCCAGGCUGGAGGAGGUGAAGAACCCCUGGAGAACCGGAUCAACACUCGAGCUCAGCCACAAUGAAACCGCGCGGCUCGCCACCGACGCGCUCUUGGAACAGGGUGAGAAGGAGUAUAAAAAAGUCUUGCAUGACGAAAGAGAAGUAAACUUUUUGUCUUCGCUGGAAAUACGCUAUAUCACCGAAUAUGUGGCCAAAAGUAGUGGCGCGGACAGCGGGAUUAAUGGAGUGGACAUGGAGGAAGACACGAUGUCAGAGCUCACUUCAGGGACUUAUUUCCCCAUGAUGUCCGACGAGGAGCCUCCAAUGUUGGAACUGGGCUGGCCAGAGGCUUCCAACCGAUGUGGACCCACAGAAGCGCAGAUAUUCUUUCAGAGGGACAAGUCGCAAAAUGUCAAAGAUCUCAUUCGAUCACUUAUUAGUAAAGCCAAGAAGGUUAUUGCAAUAGUCAUGGAUAUUUUUACAGACGUGGACUUGUUCUGUGAUUUAAUGGAGGCCUCCAACAAGCGCCGGGUUCCUGUAUAUAUUCUACUGGAUGAGAAGAAUCUCUCCCAUUUCUUGAGCAUGUGCUCAGAACUAGACAUCCAGAAUUCACACUUGAGUAAUAUGCGGAUAAGAAGUGUAUGUGGAGACACGUAUUGCACCAAAAGUGGGAAGAAAUUCUCAGGUCAGGUUCAAGAGAAAUUCAUGAUCAUUGACUGUGAGGAAGUCAUAGCUGGAUCCUAUAGUUUUACAUGGCUUUCCGCUCAGGUCCAUAGCAACAUGCUAAUGCAGUUCUCCGGCCACAUUACGGACUGCUUUGAUCGUGAAUUCCGCUGUAUGUAUGCAGAUUCCCAAAUAAUAGACCGUUUCCACAAUCCAGAUGAAGAUGAUCUACCCGGCUACUCUUACAACAUGCCGGCACCAAACUUUGGUUUGGACUUCCUUGCGAACUACAGCAGCAAGGAGAAAGUGUAUUCUGAGAACUCCAGUAGCCAAUCCAGUAGUAGCGUUUCCAGCAUCAAAGCUGCUCCUCCAGGCAUGAAACCUGUUUACAAAGUCACGCAUGACAAGAAGAACCCGGACAUCUCGCAAAAGACUCCUGACUGGAAAGAAGUCACAAAUCCAGUGCUUCAAAUGCCUCAAGGAACCCACGUCAGAAGAGGUUCUCUUAACGACACCCACCAAAAUCAGACGGUUCAGUCCGCUGGGGUGGAAUGGGCCAAAGUCGGAGCAGCAGAAUACCUACGCACAAACAUUGCUGGACAGACAUCCAAAAUCCAGUCUUUUGGUCUCUACAGUUCUCCAAAACCUCCAUCACCAACUCAACAAUCUCCAACCGACAACAGGAUCUCCCCAAAACAUCGACUCCCUGCCCCCUUCCUCAGUAAGUUCACGGAGUUGUUCACCACAAAGGACAAGGACCUUCACCUCCUCCAGAAGAAUCCUUCUCAUUCUUCUCCGUUUGGCGGGCCAGAUCUUUCUCAGAACGAGCCAGAGAGUAAGCAAGUUCCUCCUCCACCAGGCCCCAUGCCAAUAGACAGGAUGGGCCCGGAGAAAGGGAUACAUCGGCGGGACGAGAAACGCAUGACAUUAGGUCACAGCAAAUUAGACCUUGUCAACCAUUACAACAAGUUGAACAAAUCCAAGCAGGUAUACAGUCGAUUUGAGCUAAAGAACAACAUGCCUCAGUAAUGCUGGGCCUGAUUGAUCAUUCUCUCUGGUCGACUCUUGUACAUAGCUUUUAUUGUGCAAAGGAAUGUACUUUUCUUGGAGUGAGAUUGUUGCUUUUUUUUUUUUUUUUACACAAGACUAAAAAAAUCAACUAGGAGUGAAAGGUGAGAUGUGUGUUUUGAGUGAAUUUACAUUUUUAAUGAAUAUUAAGUACUUGGUACUAAUGCUGCUUUCAAGUUCUUCUGGGAAGUUCCUGGAAUCCGUAAUCGCGACAUGAAGUGAUUUUGGUCAGAAUAAACUAUAUGCAAUGGGAAACUGCAUAUCUUUCUUGAAGACAAGAAUCUGUAGUGGUAGUUCAACAGCAUAUCAACAUGAAGGGUAAAUUAAUUGCAUGUUUACAUAUAGAAUGUAUAUUAAUUUAUGUAUGUUAUUCAUUUAAUAUUUCCCACCCUUAUAUAUAUAAGUCUCUUUAAGGCUCUUCUGCUCAUCAAGCUUGCAUUUAUUUGAUCAAAAAUAGAGAAAAAAAAAACAGUAAUGUUGUAAAAUAUUAUUACAAUUUAAAAUAAUGGUUUUAUAUUUUAAAAAUUUUAAAAUAUAAUUUAUUUCUGUGAUCAAAGCUUGGAAAAUGUUAUUAUAUAUAUAUAUAUAUAUAAUACACACACACACACACACACACAUACAUUAUAUAUAUAUAUAUAUAUAUAUAUAUAAUAUAAAAUUCCAAGUUCGAAUUCAAUUCCAAGUUUUUUUCCCGCUGUGAUUCUUUAAUCCACAUGCCUCUAAUUCAGACAGUCUGGGCUUAAAGAAGUUUCCCGACUGAUGAUUACAACAGUUGUGGUGCUCAUGUUGUAAAUAUGAUCAUUCUUACAUGAAUUGAAGGCAGCGUUAGUACUUUGUACCAGUACAUAGUACUUUUAGAAUUUGUUCUGUAUAUAAAACCUAGUGUAUAUAUGAACCGUUGCUUCAUAGGGCAUUUUUGUACUCUUAAUGUUUUCUAUCCGCCACUUUAGCUGGCAAAGCAGAUGGUGUUGAUUUAAAAGUAGCCACACUGUCUGACACUAAGUAUUACCCUUGGAUAGCAUCAUUCAGGAGGUUACACGUGUAGUCUUCCAAACGUUCUCAUGUGUUUAUACUAAAAUGUGAUUCUUGUCACUUAAGACAUGCAUUUAGAGACUCUAAAAUGCACUUUGGGUAAUGUUGCAAUUAGCUGCUUAACUACUAUAAAGUACUGUAUUACUUCAAUGAAGCCUAUAGUAUAGACUCACUGCAUCUCAGUGUGUCUCUGAUGCAAUAGAAGUUAAUUGCAAGGAAAACAUGAUUUACAUUAUUAUUUUAUUAAAACAGGUAAGCUUUUCCAUCUUUUGAUAUUUACUAAUGUUAAUGGAGCUAAUUUCUGUGUAGAAGUGUUUGCGACAGCUUACACUGAAUGCUUGAUAGCGUUUGAUCAUUGUCACUUAAUAUGCAUCUUUGACAAAUCUAUAGAUACAUUUUUAAUCUACAAGCUUUUUUAUCCAACAAGUAGGAGAUACUGUGAAUAGGUGAGCUUGAAAAGAUGAUGUUAAAGUUUCCUUGUAGACCUGAUUCAGAAACAGCUCCGGUCACCAGACACCUUCAUAUACAGAAGACGUGGCUGAGAAACCCGAGAUCUAGAGUAAAGGUACAAAAGCUUGUAAAGUAGUGCCGAUCCAAGGUCAGGUUUUACCUUUCAUAUCCACAACAAGUAAACAUAAAUAUGUGAUUGAUAGGGGCAGAUCCCAUUUUAAUGUGUUUAAACAUGAUUACAUAUUACUGGUAAAGUGCUAACUUUUGCCACUCAAGCCAAUACCUGCCGAUCCACCUGCCGAGCACUAACUUGAAAUGUAAGGCCUUGAACUUACUAGUGCAUUCCUAGUAAUGUAGUCAGUGCCUACAAUAGUUUUUCAUUAUUUUUUGCUCACCUUUUUGUCUUGGUAGUGCCUUCCAGUGACUUGCUUUUUUUGUUUGCCUUUUUUAUGUGUUGUUUGCAUUUUAUGUACAUAUGAAAAUCAAAUAUUAUAAAAUGUGAUCUAUUAACAUAACCGUGUUUGGGAGUUUUAGAUGUGUAACAUACUUUUACAACUGCAGAUUUUUACAUGUAAUCUGUUACAUGUGACUUGCAUAACUUUUCCAACAGUGUUACCAAAGACUACCAUAAAUCAAUAAAGUUUAUGUUUCUCUUUUUUUCAAAGCAGAUUUUGUAAGCGUAGUAACAAAUAGCAUUCCAGUAUGUAUUUUAAAGAGGCAAAAAUGUAAACUGUUUUGAAAUUCAUACACUAAAAAAAAAUUAUUUUCA